AUGGGUGAACUAGACGAAUUGGUAACUACUUUACUUGGUACUUUUACCAGUGGUAUAAGACUUCUCAGAGCUCGUCGCAAAAGACAGAAAAAUAGCAGUGGAAAGAUCGCUCAUGAUAAUUGCGAAGAAACUCUUCUCAUCAGGUCAUUCAAACAAUCCAGGUCAGAUAUCCGAGAGGCAUACACAAGGGAAUCUAUCAAAUCUGGUCCUAAAUUCUCCGAAGGUGAUGCGAGAGCGCUCUCUUCACUAUCCACCAUAUUAUCACGACUAAACACUGCUUUCACCUCCGCGGUAGUAUUGUUUUCUCGGGGCAAAGUCAAGCCCGCCGAUCAAGAACUCUUCAUAAAACUCUCCAACAAAUCACGCGCGGAAACAAUCAAUGCCCUCGAUAGCCUCUCCAAGCGAUUAUCAAAAUCUUCCUCAUCACUCGCAUCCCGUGAUACCAUAACCCAAAGUAAAAAACAUCGUCAAAAACGACAUCAUGAUCAUAGUCCCCCUCCAUCCAUCCCCACCAAACCCACCGCUCUGGGACCAGCCACAAAAAAUGGCUGGAUUCGACCCAAACCCACCAAAAAAGAUAUCCCGAAAUCCAAGUCCCAAACUCGGAAAUCAACGCUCACGAAAUCAACACACAAAGAGAAACCAGCGACCUCGCAAUCCAUCACGCUAGAAGAGAAACAAGAAGAACCCCCCAAAACCGCAGCGGAAAAUCGAAAAUCGGGCUUCUCGUUCGCGUCGGAUAGCACGAAACUCGGCGAAAUCCCAGACUCCAGAAUGGCGAGAUUGCUACCUGGUCCUGGUACUGGUGCUGGUACUACAUCGCAUGAUCAAAAUUCUCGAUACUAUCCCACAGCGGUAGCAUUUCCAUUAGCGCCGUAUCGGCCCGAGCCGCGGAAACGACGGUUCGGCAUGGGGAAGCUUUGGAAAAAUAGACCGGUGGAGGAGGGGUUUGUGGGUGGGAGUGGGGGGUGA